UUGGUUUCUCCUCUGUGAAAAGUGGAUUUUUAUUCUUGCUAUCUACGAAAUUGUUGAAACGUGACCUUGUGGCAUCAGCGUUUCACUUCUAAACAAUUGAUACUAGAGGUCGUAUUAUGAUCGUAAACAAAAUGAUGGAGGAAUGAGUUAGGAAUCACGUGUAGGAAUGUAUUAUAAAUAGAUGUUGUAAUUCAAAUGGCGCAAAAAGUUAAUGAACUAGAGAAUUAUACAAAAUCAGAAGUAGUUGAAAUUGAAGGAGAAAUUGAUCCUUGUUUUAAAGGAUUUAUAGAUGAUAUAAUAUGUAUUAAAGUAAAAACGGGUAGUAAGUUACAAAAUAUACUACGAUUUGCUUUAAAGGCGUUUAAGGAUGAAACUAAUCAACAGAUUUUAUUUACUGGUGUGGGACACGCUAUUAACAAAACAAUUACUUGUGCUGAAAUUACAAAACGAAAGUUUAAGGAUAUUCACCAAAUUACAAAGAUAAAUUAUAAAAAACUAGAAGAAAUAUGGAAACCUAAAAUUGAAGAAUUAGACAGUUUGAAAGUUACACGUGAAAUACCAGCAAUAUACAUUCUGUUGAGUAAAAAACCUUUAAAUGCUGAUGAACCUGGGUAUCAAGCGCCAGGAUCAUCUGAUGCCUUUUGGAAGAAAUCAGAAGAUAAACCACAAAAAAUACGUCGACGAGCACAGGCAACAUAUGAGCUACCAGGAAGUUUGAGUCAAAAACAUCAGAAAAAAUAAAUGAUUUAAUUUUUUGAAAAUAUAUUUUGUAACUAAUUAAAUAUAAUUUAUUUAAUAAAAGAGU